UCUCUCUCUUUCCCUCCCUUCUCCGUCCCUCCCAGUUCCUUAACAUUAAAAAGAAAAUGCUGCUAUCCGUGUCUUCCAGACCUGGGAUUACGACUUUUGGUUAUAACAAGAGCAACAAGAAGCCGUAUGUGCCAGUGGUUCAGCAGAUGGCACCGCCAAGCCCAAGUGCCCACAACACCGGCGGGGGCGGGGGCGGCGGCGGAGGAGGAGGAGGAGGAGGAGGAGGAGGGGGCGGCUCAGGCGACCAGCUGAGCAAAACCAACUUGUACAUCCGGGGCCUGCACCCUGGCACCACAGAUCAGGACCUCGUCAAGCUCUGCCAGCCAUAUGGCAAAAUCGUCUCCACAAAGGCCAUAUUGGAUAAGACCACCAACAAAUGCAAAGGCUAUGGUUUUGUGGACUUCGACAGCCCUUCGGCCGCCCAGAAGGCUGUUACGGCACUCAAGGCCAGUGGGGUGCAGGCCCAGAUGGCCAAGCAACAGGAGCAGGACCCCACCAACCUGUACAUCUCCAACCUGCCCGUGACGAUGGAUGAGCAGGAGCUGGAGGGGCUCCUGAAGCCGUUCGGACAGGUGAUCUCCACCCGGAUCCUGCGAGACACCAGCGGGACCAGCCGAGGCGUCGGCUUUGCCAGGAUGGAGUCCACAGAGAAGUGCGAGGCCAUCAUCACACACUUCAACGGCAAAUUCGUCAAGACUCCCCCAGGAGUCCCAGCCCCGCCGGACCCCUUGCUGUGUAAGUUUGCGGACGGUGGGCAGAAGAAGCGUCAGAACCCCGGAAAAUACGUGCAGAACGGGCGGGCCUGGCCGCGGGAUGGGGACACGGGAGGCAUGGCCCUGACCUACGACCCCACCACGGCGCUGCAGAACGGGUUUUACCCGACCCCAUACAGCAUCGCUCCCAACAGGAUGAUAGCCCAGACGUCUCUGUCCCCUUAUCUCCCGUCUCCAGUGUCCUCCUAUCAGGUCCACAGCCCAUCCUGGAUGCAUCACCAGUCGUACCUCAUGCAGCCUGCGCCGGCCUCCAUGAUGGGGCCCCUCACCCAGCAGCUGGGCCACCUGUCCCUCAGCAGCACGGGCACGUACAUGCCGGCGGCCGCGGCGCUGCCCGGAGCCUACAUCCCUCAGUACACGCCGGUGCCUUCUUCCAGUGUUUCAGUCGAGGAGACCAGCGGCCAGCAGGGCCAGGUGACAGUGGACUCCCCCUCGGACCACACGGCGGCCUACCCCUACCCCUACAGCAAGUAACCGCAGAUGGGCCGGGCCUGGGAGCGAGACGUCUGGGCCCCGGGGCCGCCCCUGCCACCGUUCCUCCGGGCUGCCUUCCAGGAGAUCCCAUUGAG